AUGGGGCUGCCACUAGCCCGCCUGGUGGCCCUCUGCCUGACUCUGACCUGGGCUGGGGGCUCAGAGCUCCAGAGAGAAGGCAGGACCCGGAACCACGGCCACAGCGUCUGCAGCACGUGGGGCGACUCCCACUACAAGACCUUCGACGGAGACGUCUUCCGCUUCCCCGGGCUGUGCGACUACAACUUCGCCUCUGACUGCCGGGAGGCCUACCAGGAGUUCGCUGUGCACCUGAAACGGGGCCCCGGCCGCAGUGGGGGCCACCCCCAGGUCGAGUACAUCCUGCUGACCGUCAAGGAUGACGCCAUCUACCUCACCAGCCAGCUCGCUGUGGUGAACGGCGCCAUGGUCAGCAGCCCGUACUACAGCCCAGGGCUGCUCAUCGAGAGGAGUGACGUCUACAUCAAGGUCUAUUCCCGUGCUGGCCUCACACUCAUGUGGAACCGGGAGGACUCGGUCAUGCUGGAGCUGGACAGUAAGUUCCGGAACCACACAUGUGGCCUCUGUGGUGACUACAACGGUCUGCAGACCUACUCUGAGUUCCUCUCCGAUGGCGUGCUCUUCAGUCCCAUCGAGUUUGGGAACAUGCAGAAGAUCAACAAGCCUGAGGUGUGCGAUGGCCCCCAGGAGGUGUCGACCCCCCAGUCCUGCUCUGAGCAUCGCGCCGAGUGCGAGAGGCUGCUGACAGACACGGCCUUCGAGGACUGCUGGGACCGGGUGCCGCUGGAGCUGCAUGUGCAGGCUUGCAUGCAGGACCGCUGCCAGUGCCCGCACGGCACCUCCUGCAUCUGCAGCACCAUCGCCGAGUUCUCCCGCCAGUGUUCCCACGCUGGCGGCAGGCCACGGAACUGGAGGACCGCCUCGCUCUGCCCUAAGAGCUGCCCCAGGACCAUGGUUUACCUGGAGAGCGGCUCGCCCUGCAUGGACACCUGCUCACACCUGGAGGUCAGCAGCCUGUGUGAGGAGCAUCGCAUGGACGGCUGUUUCUGCCCGGAAGGCACUGUGUACGAUGACAUCAAGGGUGGCGGCUGCAUCCCUGUGAACCAGUGUCACUGCAAGCUGCACGGACACCUGUACGCGCCUGGCCAACAGAUCACCAACAACUGCGAGCAGUGUGUUUGCAGCGCCAGCCGCUGGGUGUGCCAGGACUUGCAGUGCCCCAGGACCUGUGCCCUGGAGGGCGGUGCCCAUAUCACUACCUUCGAUGGGAGGAAGUACACGUUCCACGGGGACUGCUACUACGUGCUGAUCAAGGACGCCCUCAACGACUCCUAUGCCGUCCUGGGCGAGCUGACCCCCUGCGGCUCCACCGACAAGCAGACCUGCCUGAAGACGGUGGUACUGCUGGCUGACAACAAGAAGAACGUCGUGGUGUUCAAGUUGGACGGCAGCGUCCUGCUGAAUGAGCUGCAGGUGAACCUGCCCCACGUGACGGCGAGCUUCUCCAUCUUUCAACCGUCCUCCCACCACCUCGUCGUGACCACCGCCUUCGGCCUCAGGCUGCAGGCCCAGCUGGGGUCAGUCAUGCAGCUCUUCCUGACGCUGGACCAUGCCGCGCAGGGGCUGGUGCAGGGCCUCUGCGGGAACUUCAACGGCCUUGAAAGUGAUGACUUCCAGACAGCUGCUGGGCUGGUGGAGGCCACGGGCGCCGGCUUCGCCAACACCUGGAAGGCCCAGCCGAGCUGCCACGACAAGCUGGACUGGCUGGAUGACCCCUGCUCCCUCAACAUCGAGAGCGCCAACUACGCUGAGCACUGGUGCUCCCUGCUGAAGAAGUCAGAGACCCCGUUUAGCAAGUGCCACUCUGCCGUGGACCCAGCCGAGUAUUACAAGAGGUGCAAAUACGACACGUGCAACUGCCAGAGCACAGAGGACUGCAUGUGCGCGGCCCUGUCCUCCUAUGCCCACGCCUGCGCCAUCAAGGGCGUCAUGCUGUGGGGCUGGCGGGAGCGCGUCUGCAACAAGGACGUGGACUCCUGCCCCAGGUCGCAGGUCUUCCUGUACAACCUGACCACCUGCCAGCAGACCUGCCGCUCGCUCUCCGAGUCUGACGCCCACUGUAUCAAGGGCUUUGCGCCCGUGGACGGCUGCGGCUGCCCCGACCACACCUUCUUGGACGAGAAGGGCCGCUGCGUGCCCCUGGCCAAGUGCUCCUGCUACCACCGUGGCCUCUACCUGGAGGCGGGGGAGGUCAUCCUGAGGCAGGAGAAGCGAUGCGUUUGCCGGAACGGGAGGCUGCACUGCCUGCAGGUCAAGCUGCUCGGCCAGAGCUGUACGGCCCCGAAGAUCCAUGUCGACUGCAACAACCUGACGACGCCGGCCAUCCGGAGCCCCAGGCCCGUCAGCUGCCAGACGCUGGCUGCCGGCUAUUACCAGACAGAGUGCGUCAGUGGCUGCGUGUGCCCAGAGGGGCUGAUCGACGACGGCCGGGGUGGCUGCGUGGUGGAGGAGGCGUGCCCGUGCAUGCACAACAAGGACCUGUACUUCCCCGGGGACAAGAUCAGGGUGGACUGCAACACCUGCACCUGCCAGAAAGGGCGCUGGGCAUGCACCCAGACCCUGUGCCACGGCUCCUGUACCAUCUACGGGAACAGCCACUACAUCACCUUCGACGGGAAGUACUAUGACUUCGAUGGGCCCUGCUCCUACGUGGCCGUUCAGGACUUCUGUGGCCAGAAUUCCUCGCUGGGCUCCUUCAGCAUCGUAACCGAGAAGGUCCCCUGCGGCACCACGGGCGUCACCUGCUCCAAGGCCAUCAAGAUCUUCCUGGGGAGGACGGAGCUAAAGCUGGAGGACGAGCACCACACGGUGAUACAGCGCGACGUGGGCCACCGUGUGGCCUAUACCACGCGGGAAGUGGGCCAGUACCUGGUGGUGGAGGCCAGCAUCGGCGUCAUCGUCAUCUGGGACAAGAAGACCAGCGUCUCCAUCAAGCUGGCCCCCUCCUACAGGGGCACCGUGUGCGGCCUGUGUGGGAACUUCGACCAGCGAUCCAGCAACGACUUCACCACGCGGGACCACGUGGUGGUGGACAGUGCGCUGGACUUCGGGAACAGCUGGAAGGAGGCCCCCACCUGCCCGGACGUGAACACCGCCCCCGAGCCGUGUGCGCUGAGUCCGCACCGCCGCUCCUGGGCCGAGAAGCAGUGCAGCAUCAUCAAGACCCUAGUCUUCGGGGUCUGCCACAGCAAGGUGGACCCCAUGCCCUUCUAUGAGGCCUGCGUCCACGACUCGUGUUCCUGUGACACGACCGGGGACUGCGGAUGCUUCUGCCUCGCCGUGGCCUCCUACGCCCAGGAGUGCACCAAGGUGGGGGCCUGCGUGUUCUGGAGGAAGCCCGACCUGUGCCCCAUAUUCUGCGACUACUACAACCCCCCGAGAAUGUGUCCGUGGCACUACGAGCCCUGCGGGAACAGCUUCAAGACGUGCAGGACGGUCAACGGAGUCCACUCCAACAUCUCUGUGUCCUACCUGGAGGGCUGCUACCCCCGGUGCCCUGAGGAAAGUCCCAUCUACGCCGAGGACCUGAAGAAGUGUGUCACACGGGACCAAUGUGGUUGCUACAUCAACGACACUUACUACCCACCUGGAGAGUCUGUGCCCACGGAGCAGAUCUGCCAGUCUUGUGUGUGUAACAACUCCUCACAAGUUGUCUGCCAGCCAGAAGAAGGGAAGAUUCUCACCUAUACCCAGGACAGCCCCUUCUGCUACUGGGAGAUCUGUGGCCCCGACGGGACGGUGCGGAAGGACUUCAGCAUCUGCGUGCACACCUCACCGCCCUCGUCCCCCUCAACACCCUCCACCACCACCUCUGUCACCCCCAUCACCCCCUCCACCACCACGAGGACCACUGCGACUGCAAGUACAGGGCUGUGCUGCUUCUGGUCCGACUGGAUUAACGAUGACCAUCCCAGAAUCGGCAGUGAUGGUGGAGACCGAGAGACAUUCAACCAUGUCUGCAGGGCCCCCGAGAAUAUCGAGUGCAGGUCAGCCAUAGAGCCCCACCUCAGCUGGGAGAAGCUGGGCCAGGAGGCUCAGUGCAAUGUCUCCUUCGGGUUCAUCUGCAAGAACGAAGACCAGUUUGGAAAAGGACCUUUUGAAGUCUGCUAUGACUACGAGAUACGAGUCUAUUGUUGCCUGCUGAUGGAUGAGUGUCCAACGACACCGACAAUGAGCCCUCCCACCACCACCUCAACAGAGACUCCAAUUACAACCACUACAGAGACCCCAACCACAACACCCACCACCACUUCUACUGGGACUCCGACUCCAACCCCCACUACAAAGACCCCAACCACAACACCCACCACCACUUCUACUGGAACUUCGACUCCAACACCCACUACAAGUACAACAGAGACUCCAACUCCAACCACUAUAGAGACUCCAACCCCAACAGCCACCACCACUUCAACUGGGACUCCAACUCCGACCCCCACUACAACUACAACAGAGACUCCAUCUACAACCACUACGGAAUCCCCAACCCCUACAGCCACCACCACUUCAACAGGGACUCCAAGUCCGACCCCCACCACACACAGCUCACACCACCACUUCAAGUGGGACUGCAACUUUGACCCCCAGCACCACCUCAACAGAGACUCCAAUUCCAACCACUACAAAGACCCCAACCCCGACAGCCACCAGCACUUCAACUGGGACUCCAACUCCGACCCCCAGCACAGCACCCAUCACCGCUUCAACGGGGACUCCAAGUCCGACCCCCACCACAGCACCCACCACCACUUCAACGGGGACUCCAACUUUGACCCCCAGCACAACACCCACCACCACUUCAACUGGGACUCCAACUUUGACCCCCAGCACAGCACCCACCACCACUUCAAUGGGGACUCCAACUUUGACCCCCAGUACAGCACACACCACCACUUCAACUGGGACUCCAACUUUGACCCCCAGCACCACCUCAACAGAGACUCCAAUUCCAACCACUACAGAGACAUCAACCCCAACAGCCACCACCACUUCAACAGGGACUCCAACUCCGACCCCCACCACAACACAAACCACCACUUCAACGGGGACGCCAACUCUGACUCCCAGCACAGCACCCACCACCACUUCAACAGGGACUCCAAUUACAACCACUACAGAGACCCCAACCACAACACCCACCACCACUUCUACUGGGACUCCGACUCCGACCCCCACUACAAGGACUUCAAGUCCGACCCCCACCACAGCACCCACCACCACUUCAACCGGGACUCCAACUCCGACCCCCAGCACAGCACCCACCACUGCUUCAACGGGGACUCCAAGUCCGACCCCCACCACAGCACCCACCACCACUUCAACUGGGACUCCAACUUUGACCCCCAGCACCACCUCAACAGAGACUCCAGUUCCAACGACUACAGAGACCCCAACCCCGACAACCACCACCACUUCAACAGGGACUCCAACUCCGACCCCCACCACAACACAAACCACCACUUCAACGGGGACGCCAACUCUGACUCCCAGCACAGCACACACCACCACUACAAGUGGGACUCCAAAUUUGACCCCCAGCACCACCUCAACAGAGACUCCAAUUCCAACCACUACAGAGACCCCAACCCCGACAGUCACCACCACUUCAACCGGGACUCCGACUCCGACCCCCAGCACAGCACCCACCACCGCUUCAACGGGGACUCCAACUUUGACCCCCAGCACAGCACCCACCACCACUUCAACGGGGACUCCAACUUUGACCCCCAGCAUAAGACUCCAAUUCCAACCACUACAGAGACCCCAACCCCAACAGCCACCACCACUUCAACAGGGACUCCAACUCCGACCCCCACCACAACACAAACCACCACUUCAACGGGGACGCCAACUCUGACUCCCAGCACAGCACCCACCACCACUUCAACAGGGACUCCAAUUACAACCACUACAGAGACCCCAACCACAACACCCACCACCACUUCUACUGGGACUCCAACUCCGACCCCCACUACAAGUACAAAAGAGACUCCAUCUACGACCACUACAAAGACCCCAACCCCUACAGCCACCACCACUUCAACAGGGACUCCAACUCCGACCCCCACCACAGCACCCACCACCACUUCAACAGGGACUCCAACUUUGACCCCCAGCACCACCUCAACAGAGACUCCAAUUACAACCACUACAGAGACCCCAACCACAACACCCACCACCACUUCUACUGGGACUCCGACUCCAACCCCCACUACAAACUCCAUCUACAACCACUACGGAAUCCCCAACCCCUACAGCCACCACCACUUCAACAGGGACUUCAAGUCCGACCCCCACCACAGCACCCAGCACCACUUCAACCGGGACUCAAACUCCGACCCCCAGCACAGCUCACACCACCACUUCAAGUGGGACUGCAACUUUGACCCCCAGCACCACCUCAACAGAGACUCCAAUUCCAACCACUACAAAGACCCCAACCCCGACAGCCACCACCACUUCAACGGGGACUCCAACUCCGACCCCCAGCACAGCACCCACCACCGCUUCAACGGGGACUCCAAUUUUGAACCCCACACAGCACACACCACCACUUCAAGUGGGACUCCAAAUUUGACCCCCAGCACCACCUCAACAGAGACUCCAAUUCCAACCACUACAAAGACCCCAACCCCGACAGUCACCACCACUUCAACCGGGACUCUGACUCCGACCCCCAGCACAGCACCCACCACCGCUUCAACGGGGACUCCAACUUUGACCCCCAGCACAGCACCCACCACCACUUCAACGGGGACUCCAACUUUGACCCCCAGCAUAGCACCCACCACCACUUCAACUGGGACUCCAACUUUGACCCCCAGCACCACCUCAACAGAGACUCCAAUUCCAACCACUACAGAGACCCCAACCCCAACAGCCACCACCACUUCAACAGGGACUCCAACUCCGACUCCCAGCACAGCACCCACCACCGCUUCAACUGGGACUCCAACUUUGACCCCCAGCACAGCACCCACCACCACUUCAACGGGGACUCCAACUUUGACCCCCAGCACAGCACACACCACCACUUCAACUGGGACUCCAACUUUGACCCCCAGCACCACCUCAACAGAGACUCCAAUUCCAACCACUACAGAGACAUCAACCCCAACAGCCACCACCACUUCAACAGGGACUCCAACUCCGACCCCCACCACAACACAAACCACCACUUCAACGGGGACGCCAACUCUGACUCCCAGCACAGCACACACCACCACUUCAACGGGGACUCGAACUCCGACCCCCAGCACAGCACCCACCACCACUUCAACAGAGACUCCAAUUACAACCACUACAGAGACCCCAACCACAACACCCACCACCACUUCUACUGGGACUCCAACUCCGACCCCCACUACAACUACAACAGAGACUCCAUCUACAACCACUACGGAAUCCCCAACCCCUACAGCCACCACCACUUCAACAGGGACUCCAACUCCGACCCCCACCACAGCACCCACCACCACUUCAACAGGGACUCCAACUUUGACCCCCAGCACCACCUCAACAGAGACUCCAAUUACAACCACUACAGAGACCCCAACCACAACACCCACCACCACUUCUACUGGAACUCCGACUCCAACACCCACUACAAGUACAACAGAGACUCCAACUCCAACCACUAUAGAGACUCCAACCCCAACAGCCACCACCACUUCAACUGGGACUCCAACUCCGACCCCCACUACAACUACAACAGAGACUCCAUCUACAACCACUACGGAAUCCCCAACCCCUACAGCCACCACCACUUCAACAGGGACUCCAAGUCCGACCCCCACCACAGCACCCACCACCACUUCAACCGGGACUCCAACUCCGACCCCCAGCACAGCUCACACCACCACUUCAAGUGGGACUCCAAAUUUGACCCCAAGCACCACCUCAACAGAGACUCCAAUUCCAACCAGUACAAAGACCCCAACCCCGACAGCCACCACCACUUCAACGGGGACUCCAACUCCGACCUCCACCACAACACCCACCACCACUUCAACUGGGACUCCAACUUUGACCCCCAGCACAUCACCCACCACCACUUCAACGGGGACUCCAACUUUGACCCCCAGCACAGCACUCACCACCACUUCAACGGGGACUCCAACUUUGACCCCCAGCACAACACCCACCACCACUUCAACUGGGACUCCAACUUUGACCCCCAGCACCACCUCAGCAGAGACUCCAAUUCCAACGACUACAGAGACCCGAACCCCAACAGCCACCACCAUUUCAACAGGGACUCCAACUCCGUCCCCCACCACAACACAAACCACCACUUCAACGGGGACUCCAACUCCGACCCCCAGCACAGCACCCACCACCACUUCAACAAGGACUCCAAUUACAACCACUACAGAGACCACAACCACAACACCCACCACCACUUCUACUGGGACUCCAACUCCAACCCCCACUACAAGUACAACAGAGACUCCAACUCCAACCACUAUAGAGACCCCAACCCUGACAGCCACCACCACUUCAACGGGGACUCCAACUCCAACUCCCACCACAACACCCACCACCACUUCAACGGGGACUCCAACUUUGACCCCCAGCACCACGUCAACAGAGACUCCUGUUCCAACCACUACAGAGACCCGAACCCCAACAGCCACCACCACUUCAACGGGGACUCCAACUCCGACCCCCACCAGAACACAAACCACCACUUCAACGGGGAUGCCAACCCUGACACCCAGAACAGCACCCACCACCACUUCAACAGGGACUCCAACUCCGACCCCCAGCACAGCACCCACCACCACUUCAACAGGGACUCUAACUUUGACCCCCAGCACCACCUCAACAGAGACUCCAAUUACAACCACUACAGAGACCCCAACCACAACACCCACCACCACUUCUACUGGGAUUCCAACUCCAACCCCCACUACAAGUACAACAGAGACUCCAACUCCAACCACUAUAGAGACCCCAACCCCAACAGCCACCACCACUUCAACCGGGACUCCAACUCCGACCCCCAUUACAACUACAACAGAGACUCCAUCUACGACCACUACAGAAACCCCAACCCCUACAACCACCACCACUUCAACAGGGACUCCAACUCCGACCCCCACCACAGCACCCACCACCACUUCAAUGGGGACUCCAACUCCGACCCCCAGCACAGCACCCACCACCACUUCAAGUGGGACUCCACCUUUGACCCCCAGCACCACCUCAACAGAGACUCCAGUUCCAACCACUACAUUGACCCCAACCCCAACAGCCACCACCACUUCAACGGGGACUCCAACUCUGACCCCCAGCACAGCACCCACCACCCCUUCAGCUGGGACUCCAACUUUGACCCGCAGCACAGCACCCACCACCACUUCAAUGGUGACUCCAACUUUGACCCCCAGCACCACCUCAACAGAGACUCCAGUUCCAACCACUACAGAGACCCCAACCCCAACAGCCACCACUACUUCAACAGGGACUCCAACUCCAACCCCCACCACAACACAAACCACCACUUCAACGGGGACUCCAACUCCGACUCCCAGCACAGCACCCACCACCACUUCAACGGGAACUCCAACUCCGACCCAUAGCACAGCAACCACCACCACGUCAACUGGGACUCCAACUCUGACUCCUAGCACAGCAACCAGCACCACUUCAACGGGGACUCCAACACCGACCCCCAACACAGCAACCACCACCACUUCUACUGGGACUCCAACUCCGACCCCCACUACAACUACAACAGAGACUCCAUCUACGACCACUACACAGACCCCAACCCCUACAGCCACCACCACUUCAACGGGGACUCCAACUCUGACCCCCAGAACAGCACCCACCACCACUUCAACAGGGACUCCAACUUUGACCCCCAGCACCACCUCAACAGAGACUCCAAUUCCAACCACUACAGAGACCCCAACCCAAACAGCUACCACCACUUCAACAGGGACUCCAACUCUGACCCCCACCACAACACAAACCACCACUUCAACGGGGACUCCAACUCCGACUCCCAGCACAGCACCCACCACCAUGUCAACGGGGACCCUAACUCUGACCCCCAGCACAGCACCCACCACCACUUCAACUGGGACUCCAACUUUGACCCCCAGAACCACCUCAACAGAGACUACAAUUCCAACCACUACAGAGACCCCAACCACAACACCCACCACAUAUUCUACUGGGACUCCAACUCCAACUCCCACUACAACUACAACAGAGACUCCAACUACGACCACUACAGAGACUCCAACCCCUACAUCCACCACCACUUCAGCAGGGACUCCAACUAUGACCCCCAGCACAGCACCCACCACCACUUCUACGGGGACUUCAACUCCAACCCCCACCACCACAGAGACAAUCCCCACCACUACCACAACCACAGAGACCCCAACAUCAAUAAUCACCAGCACAGUGACCCCAACACCACCUCUGACCACCACCUCCACAGCGACUCCAACUCCAACCCUCACCAUUAGCACCAGCUCCACAGAAACUCCAACACCUACACCCACCAUAACAGAGACCCCAACUGCAGCCUCCACCACCACAGGAACCACCUCCCCGACUACUACCACAACCACAGAGACUCCAACCCCACUUCCGAACAUUAGCACUACCAGCAGGACAUCGAAAUCUCUUCCUACGUCCUCCCUUCCAACCUCCCAGUCCACGUAUCCUUCUUCCACGGAAUCUACCAUGCUUGUGACCACCAUCCCAACAAUUGUGGAGACAUACAGCACACCACAGACCCCAGUGUGGACAGAACCAGCCAUCACUACAACAGGAGGAACCACGUCCUCUCCACCUUCACCUGGCACCACCCCUCCAGGCUCACCAACCUCGGCGACUUCCACGGGAACUUCCACACCAAUAAGACACUCGUCGACCAUGCCACCCAUGCCACAGACCACCAGCACCUUGACCUCCAGUGUGACCACCCCCACGGUGACCCUAUUAACCUCACCCAACAUCACCACCACUAGCAUCCUCUCAGUCUCCACCUCCUCCCAGAUGAUAUGCUGCUAUUUCAAUGACACGUACUAUGUCCCAGGAGAGCUGGUGUACAACACCACGCAUGGAGACACCUGCUAUUACGUGAACUGCUCUCUGCAGUGCACCCUCGAGAUCUUCAAUUGGUCCUGCCCAUCCACACCCUCCCCAACCCCCAGCCCAUCCACACCCACCCCUCGGCCAUCCAUGACAUCCAGUGUGCCGCCCACCACCAAGCCCCCUGCGUGCCUGGACUUCGAUCCUCCCAGACAGGAGAACGAGACCUGGUGGCUGUGUAACUGCACCAUGGCCACCUGCAAGUACAACAACACCGUGGAACUCACGGAGGUGAAGUGCGACCCCCCACCCAUGCCCACCUGCUCCAACGGCCUCAUGCCUGUGCGUGUCGAGGACCCUGACAAGUGCUGCUGGUACUGGGAGUGUGACUGCUACUGCACUGGCUGGGGUGACUCGCACUACGUCACCUUCGAUGGGCUCUACUACAGCUACCAGGGCAACUGCACGUACGUGCUGGUGGAGGAGAUCACCCCCACCAUGGACAGCUUCGGGGUCUACAUCGACAACCAGCACUGUGACACCAGCAGCCAAGUGUCCUGCCCCCGCGCGCUCCUCGUGCGCCACGAGACCCAGGAGGUGCUGAUCCAGGCUGAGCACAUGAUGCCCAUGCGGGUGCAGGUGCAGGUCAACAGGCAGGCCGUGGCGCUGCCCUAUAAGAAGUACGGGCUGCAGGUGUACCAGUCAGGCUUCAGCUAUGUGGUGGACAUCCCUGAGUUGGGUGCCCUCAUCUCCUACGACAGCCUUUCCUUCUCCAUCCGGCUGCCCUACCGCCGCUUCGGCAACAACACGAAGGGCCGGUGUGGCACGUGCACCAACAACACCUUGGACGACUGUAUGCUGCCCAGUGGGGAGGUCGUCGCCAACUGCGAGGUCGCGGCUGACCACUGGGUGCUGAACGAGCCCUCGGAGCCGCGCUGUCCCCACAGGGGCUCCACCUCCGAGCGCCCGGCCACCCGGCCGUCGGUGGGCAGCAGCCCAGCCGCUGGGACGGGCUCUCCGUCUCCACUCUGCGAGCUCAUCAAGGACAGCUUGUUCGCCAGGUGCCACACCGUGGUGCCCCCGAAGCACUACUACGAAGCCUGCAUAUCCGACAGCUUCACCAUGCCCAACUCAAGCCUGGAGUGUGCCAGCCUGCAGACCUACGCAGCCCUCUGUGCCCAGGAGGGCAUCUGCGUUGACUGGCGGAGCCACACCAGCGGGGUCUGCUCGGUGAUGUGUCCGGCACACCGAGAGUACCGGGCCUGUGGGCCCGUGGAAGAGCCCACCUGCAAGUCCAGCCUCCCCCGAGCAAACAGUCCACGCCUGGUGGAAGGCUGCUUCUGUCCCGAGGGCACCACCAACUACGCGCCCGGCUUUGACGUCUGUGUGGACCUGUGCGGCUGCGUGGGGCCCGACAACGUGCCCAGAGAGUUUGGGGAGCACUUCGAGUUCGACUGCAAGGACUGCGUCUGCCUGGAGGGGGGCAGCGGCAUUAUCUGCAGGCCCAAGACAUGCCACCCGGGGCCCCUCACGGAGUGCAAGGAGGACGGCACCUACGCCGUCACAGAGGUUGACCCCGCCAACGCCUGCUGCAACAUCACCUCCUGCAAGUGCGACACCAGCCUGUGCAGGGGGAAGCCCCCGCUGUGCCCGCUGGGCUUUGAGGUGAAAAGUGAGAUGGUCCCCGGGAGCUGCUGCCCCUUCUACUCGUGUGUGCCCAAGGGCGUGUGUGUUCUUGGGAACGCUGAGUACCAGCCCGGUUCUCCAGUCUUCUCCAAGUGCCAGGACUGCGUGUGCACCGAACGCAGGGACAACGCCACGCAGCUCAACAGCAUCUCCUGCACCCACGUGCCUUGCAACACCUCCUGCGGCCUCGGCUUUGAGCUGGUGGACGCCCCCGGCGAGUGUUGCAAGAAGUGCCAGCAGACCCAGUGCGUCAUCAGCAUCGGCCAGCCCGGCAGCCCGAGCCUGGUCCUGAAGCCCGGGGACAUGAAGAGCGACCCCCUGAACAACUGUACCUUCUUCAGCUGCAUGAAGAUACAUGACCAGUUCAUCUCAUCCAUCUCCAACAUCACCUGCCCUGACUUUGACCCCAGCACCUGCCUCCCGGGCUCCACCACACUCAUGCCCAAUGGCUGCUGCAGGAAAUGCCUCCCUCGCAAUAAGUACAGGGUCCUCUGCUCUACCGUCCCUGUCGUCAGGGAAAUUUCACACAAUGGCUGCACCAAGCUGGUCAGCAUGAACGAUUGCUUCGGGUCCUGCGGGACCUCCGCCAUGUACUUGGCCGAGGCCCAGUCCCUGGACCACAAGUGCUCUUGCUGCAAGGAACAGCGCACCAGCCAGCGGGAGGUGAUGCUGCAGUGCCCAGGCGGGGCCUUGCUCCGUCACACCUACACCCACAUCGACAGCUGUCUGUGCCAGGACACCGUGUGCGAGCAGCCCCCCCAGCGCAGGGCCCGGCGCUCUGGCCCCAGGGACCUGGGCCUGGGGCGGGGGAAGCCCUCUGAGCCCGAAUUUGUGAAAAAGGACUCAGUCCCUUUCGCAGCCAUUACGCCGCAUGUGCACCUGUUUGUGUGCAUCUGGCAGGGCCAUCAGACCCUUCAGACAGACUCGCAGGGCCUCCGGCUGGCUCUGGAUGCGGGCUCUGAGGGCUCUGCUGUCCGCCGGGACACCUGUACGGUGCGGAGCAACCCAGCCCUCUGCUCUGAGAGCAACCGCCUGGGCCCUGCCCCUCUCUCCGCGCUCCCAGCCCAGCCCCUCUCCCACUUCAGCCUUCCGAUCCUGUGGAGCCCCCCAGGCCCUGGGGCUGCUCCACAGGGCACAGGAGACAAGGACCAGGUCAGCCAGGUGGGCGGCCCUGCACCCGGGACAUGGAAGCUGGCCAACAAGGUCUCCGCCACCGCCUUGGUGGGAAAGCUGAGGCCUGGAGGGCAAGGGGCUCCCAAGGCCACCAAGUGGGCCCCGGGGCAGCGUUGGCCAGGCUGUGGGUCCUUCUGCAGCACAUGCUGCCUUCUCCCCCCACCCCCGCCACAGCAGGUGCCCCCCGCCAUUCCCUGGAGCUCACUGCUGCUGGACCUGCCCCAGGGCAGGGCCCACGAGUUCCCACCUGGCCUCACAGUACUGCAGCUCAGCUACGCUUGA